AUGGUGAAAAUCGCCAGGAGCUCAAUCGAACAGAGCUUGAGGGCGUGCGUAGAUCUGAUCGAAGGGCAACGCCUCCAUGGCCGGGUCCGCUCCGAUUUCCGCGACGACACCUUCCUCGCCAAUCUGCUCGUCCAAAUGUAUGGGCGAUGCGGUAGCGUCAAAGACGCGCGCGCGGCAUUCAAGCAGAUCGAGCACCGCGACCAAUUCUCGUGGAAUCUCAUGCUUGGCGCUUACGUCCAGAACGGCUGCGUCGCCGACGCCAAGAAGAUGUUCGAUCGGAUGAAGCGGCGAGACAUCGUCUCGUGGACGACGGUCAUGGCGGCAUUUGCCCAAUGCGGGCAAUUGCAAGAGGCCGAGCGAAUGCUCCACCGGAUGCCAAACCUUAGCGCCGUGUCGUGGAAUUCGAUCAUCGCUGGCUACGCGCAAGCUGGAAACGCGCGAUCAGCGAAGGCGUUGUUCGAUCAAAUGCCCGUGGUGGAUGAGAUCUCUUGGGCAACGCUCAUCGCGGCAAAUGCCCAAAGGGGGCAUUCUUCCCAGGCCAAGGAAGUCUUUGAUGAGAUGCCCUCUCGCAAUGUAUUUGCCUGGACGGCGCUCAUCCAAGCGCUCGCGGAGGACGGCUAUGGCGGCGACGCGAUGCGCGCGUUCGAGGCGAUGCCGGGCAGGAACUCCGUGGCGUGCAAUGCGAUGAUGCGCGCGCUGGCCGAGGCCGGCGAUCCGGACGGAGCCAAGAGGGUCUUUGAUGACAACCUGGAUCGCAGCGUGGUGUCGUGGACGUCGCUCUUCCAGGGAUUGCUCUCCGGGCAGCGGCCGCUCGAGGAGGCCGAGGAGAUCUUCGGCCGCUGCCCCGCCAGGGACGCCGUGCUCUGGAAUUCGAUGCUCGCGGCCCACGCCGCCAGGCCGCAAUCGAUCGCUGCGGCAAAAGCCCUCUUUCGCCGGAUGCCUGGGAAGAACGUCGUGUCCUGGACGACGAUGAUCUCCGCCUACGUCGCUGCUGGAGACCUCCGCCGCGCCGAUCGCGUCUUCUCGCGGAUGCCCUGGCACGACGCCGUGGUCUGGAACGCGAUGAUCGCCGGUUAUGCGAGCAAGGCCAAGGUGGAUCGCGCCGAGGAGCUCUUCGCUCGAAUGCCCGGGUGGAAUCCCACGUCGUGGUAUCUCAUGAUCGCGGCGUAUGCGCACAAUGGCCACUGCUCCAGCGCGAUCGAGCUCUUCCGGCUCAUGAAUCUGGUUGGGACGAACGCCGCCAGCGAGUUCUUGUUCGUGAGCUUGCUGGGGGCUUGCAGCCACAAGGGGACGAUCGAGGAGGGGUGGGGGAUCUUCCGGGAGAUGGUGGGCGAUUUUGGAGUGGUGGCGAUCAAGGAGCACUACUGCGCGAUGAUCGAUGUGCUGGGGCGGGCGGGGAAGCUGCGCGAGGCGGAGGAGCUGGCGGAGACGAUGCCUUUCCUGGCGGACGAGGCGGCGUGGGGGAGCUUGCUCGCGGCGUGUAAGGCGGUGGAGAGCGAGUAUGGCGUGGAGGUGGCGAGGAGAGCUGCCGCCAAGGUUAUGGAGCUCAGCACCGAGAAGGCGUCGCCAUAUCUCGCGCUGGCGAGUGUCUACGUUGGGAUCGACAAGGGGGGUGGCAAAGCUGUGGAGAGUUCUUCGAUGGAUUCUUCUUCCAAGGCUGUGGUAGCAGGGGAGAGUUCUUCCGGAUCGAUUGAGGAGGAUUUGAUGGAGAGCUCUUUGAUGGAUUCUUCUUCUAAGGGAGUGGUAGCAUGGGAGAGUUCUUCCAGAUCGAUUGAGGAGGCUUUGAUGGCGAAUGGAGAAGAUGGUGGAUUGAAAGCAAGCAGUGAUGGGGAGGACGAUGGAGAAGAUGGCGACAAGAGGGAUGACAAUUCUGUAGAGAGUUCUUCGAUAGCAGGGGAAAGUUCUUCCAGAUCGAUUGAUUUGAUGGCGAAGUCCUCUAGUGGAGAAGGAGAAGACGAUGGUGGAUUGAGAGCAAGCAGUGAUGGGGGGGAGGACGGAGAAGAUGGAGCUCCUGCAACGCUUGGAGGAGAUGAUUGUGGAUCGUCGUCUCGAGCAGUAGCGAGUGAGGAAAGUUUUGUAGGCAAGGAUGGAUCUAACGCAUCUUCGCAAACUUCUUCUUCUAGACGACGAGAAACUAUUGCUAUUGUCGAAGAUGGUGGAAAAGCUAGAACUCGAGGCAGGAAAAGGAGAAAAACGUUGUAA